AUGAAAUGUCCUGAUGGCUUCUUCACUGACCAUUACGAGGUAGGCGGAGCUCUCGCUACCGAAAACGGAGAAGGACGAUUAAACACCCGGGUCAAAGAAUCUGGAGGACCUAAAGCUCCAUACAUCGUCCGGCAGAUUGCGGCAACUGGAUACGAUCAGCAGAUCAAGAAAGGCGUCGGUGUUUUCCUCCUUCGAAAGCCACUGCAGGGUAAUCUCUAUAAGGACGUGAAAAACCUGCAGUUGGAAAUGGCUUGCGUGAAAGCAAAGCGUCUGUCCGAUGAGGAUAUCGCCAAUCAGGGAGGCAGUAGCAACACGUCUGGCGGAGGAGAUGACAUAAUUGUUCCAGAUCUCGACUCUGGCAGCGCUGGCAGGCCAGCGUUCUGUGCAAGCUUAGUAUCCGCAGCAGUUCUAAUAUGGGUAUUCAGCCAGAUAUAA